AUGGAGACAAAAACAGCUGAAGAGACCACCAAACGGAUACCAAAACCACUCAGACUUUCAAACUUUGAAUAUGCUGAUGACUUUGCUAUGGAAGAGAGUGUAACUUCAAACAACACAGUGAGUAGAAAACCCAAUAUUCCAAUGAAGGAUAUUCCCAGGAAUGAAUCUAUUUAUAUUGAUUACAAGCUGGUUGGAGGCAUUAAUGUACCUUGCGAUGUUAAGUUCAAAUGUGAAGAAAAAAAGGUCUUAGUGUUGAUCAAUGUGUGUAAACAAUGGUUUAAUGGAGAAAAAAAAACGUUAUGGGGAGAAUUUGUGUAUCCACUUGCUUGUAAUUUUGAAGAAUCAUUCUGCCAGUGGGUACAGGUGUAUGAUGAUAACUUUGAUUGGACAAGACACAGUGGAUUAACAGACACCUCACUAACUGGUCCAUCAGUCGACAACACUUACGCUAAUGAAACUGGAUACUAUGUAUAUAUUGAGACAUCAUAUCCUAGGAAUGAAGACGAGAUUGCCAGGUUGAUUAGUCCUAUAAUAAGUCAAGAUAGUGGUUGUUCAAUGACUUUUUAUUAUCACAUGUAUGGCACUGAUAUAAAUACGCUGAAAGUCUUUACCAAAGAGUAUGGUAGUAUGGCUGUAGAGCAAGUAUGGGACCAGCCAGGUGCACAAGGCAAUGUAUGGCUGGAAACAACUGUUAAUUUUUAUAAUAUGCAGCCAUUUCAGGUACUUAUUGAAGCAUCUUGUGGCGAUGGUGUCUAUGGGGAUAUUGCUAUUGAUGAUAUCUCAUUCUCUGAAGGUUGCUACAAAGGAGUGGAAGGCAAAAUACGGCUGAUAGACUCAAACUCUUUAAAUGAAGGAAGAAUUGAAAUAUUCCAUGACAAUGUCUGGGGCACUAUAUGUGGGUACAAUGAAACUUGGCAGGAUGAAACAGAUGGUUUGGUUGUGUGUCGUCAACUUGGUUAUCAAAGUGCAGCUGCAUCUCCACCUUUACCAGCCGAUGAUAGUGUUCCUGUUCAUCUAGACAACAUCCGAUGUGAAGGAACUGAGGAGCUUUUAACUGAUUGUCGAAACAACGGCUGGAAUGUCAGUCAUUUGUAUUGUAGUUUUCAUCUUGAUGAUGUCACAGUGAAAUGUACAGACAUGGCACCACCAAUCUGCCAUGAAGGUUAUUUUACCUGUGCUAAUCAAAACUGUGUUGUUCCACAGCAGCUUUGUGAUUACAAUGAUGACUGUGGGGAUUACUCUGAUGAGGAACCAUCACUGUGUG